GCAUCUUAUUAAAGAACCCCGCGUCGCACCUUCAACCCGAACUUGAACUUGAACUUGACGAAUUAAUUUAUUCCUAAUGCAACUAUUGCAUCGGUCUUGAAGCUUCAUUCUUCAUCAGAACUUUUAAUUGUCUCGCAUUUUACGUCUAACCUAUUACACCUUUCCGGUGUCUUUCCUUCAUCGGCAUCAACAGAAACCAUCACUUCUGAGGAACUUAUUCGAUCAUUAAAACCAUUUCCCAUCUAACCUCUAGUUGACAUAGGGGUGAAAUCAUGGCGUCGGAACCUGAACCAAUGGCAGAGGUUGUAAGCGAGGUUGUAAGUGGAGGAGCGGACGCUGUAGUCGAUACUGCAGUAAAUGUUGUCCUCCCUACCAAAUUCUCUUGGUUGCAACCCCAUGUCAUCUUCGUGGUCAUCCUCGUUGGUGAAGAUGAGGUCCCCUUUGGAAUCCAGAAGGACUUCCUUUGCGCUAAGUCCUCCUACUUUCGCAUCCACUUUGCCAACAAACGAGGGGAAGACGCUGGGCUUGAGCAUAUCGUCAAACUUCCCCAAGCUACCCCUGAAGUCUUUGGCUUCGUCCAGAACUUCUUAUACACCGGAAGUCUCUUCCCCGACCCCGAUUCUCUCCCUGGAUAUGAAAUUCUGAUUGCUUCUUGGGGGCUGGGAAACGAACUAGGUAUUGAAGGUCUCUGCGACGAAGCCCUCGAAGCUAUGGCCGAAUGCAGACGUGUCACGCAGCACAUUCCCGCUACACCUCUCCUUGUCAAGGCGUGGAAAGACGCUCCAGAGGGCUCCUCUAUUCGUACGCUCCUUCUUAACUGGGCUGCAGAGUACAUAAGAUCCUCAGAAUCUAGGCAAGAAUUUACUAAGUCUUUGCCUCAAGAGGUACUCAGUGAGCUCGUAAUCGCAAUGAGCCAUCUAAAUUCUUCGCCAGUCAUACAGGUUAAUCCCGUCCUGCCCCCUGCCAGCCAGGCCCAGAAGAAGAAUGUCCACUAUCUAGACCCAGAAGAUAGUGAAGACGAUAUAUACACCAAACCACAGAAACAUCGUCACUCGGAUGUGGCCUCGAACAGACUGACAUCUGGUGAAAGAAAGGUCGGGUCUAAGAAACCCGCCUCGAGAGCAUCACUCCCUACGCCCAAGCCUGUUAAGUUUAAGCGAUCUAGCCUGAGUGCUGACCUUUCGCAAUACUCAACGGAAGAUAAGCUAUGGUUCUGCGAGCGACUCUUGGGUAAGAUGUUAUCUGGACCUGGCUUCUGGACUCGCCUGGUCGGUCCUUUCCGUGAACCCGUCCGCCCUGUCGAAGAUGGCGUACCGGAUUAUCUGACAAAGAUCAAGGUGCCUAUGGAUCUUACCACGAUCAAAAGCAAGAUGGACCGCAAAGAGUACCAGGACGAGCAGCAGUUCGCAGCAGACAUCCGUCAGAUCUUCAUCAAUUGCUACGCCUACCACGAACGAGGCUCUCCAAUGUGGGCUAACUGUGAGAAGUUUGAGAAGACGUUCGAGGAGAAGUUUGCGGAUAUGCCCAAGGAGAUUGCGAAGAUGCUGGGCGAUAAAGCCUCUUAGUGCGAAGCCUCUUAGUGCGUCCGCCGUCUGGUGGGGAGUUUCUUUUUUUUCCGUUACGUGGUAGUUUGGCUAUUGCCCAGAUACACUCGUACGACUUGACCUUUACGCACGGAUGGACCAGUUU